CAGAGGGGUAGGAAAUCCGGACGUGGCGAUGGAACGUUAUCUGCUCGCACCGGACACCCAUCGUCGUCGUCUUCCGACUCCCUCCGGCUCGCCUCGCCAGGAACCUCGUGAGCUAUCAUGCAGCAGCAGCAGCACCACAUGGUGGCGCCGUGCAAACCCCACGCAGCGCGGCGGGCGGCGCUCCCGCUGCCCGGGCCGUCGCUCCGACGAGCUUUCCUUUGCAGUCCAGCGAGGGCGGGAGCGGCGGCGUCAAAGCGGACGGCGGUGAGGACGAGGUGCCAGGAAGAGAAGCAGCAGAGCGGUGACGGCGAGAAGAAGCAGCAGGAGAAGGAGAAGAGGACGUUCCUGAGCCUGGAGGAGGCCGGGCUGGUGGAGAUGUCCGGGCUCAGCACCCACGAGCGCUUCCUCUGCCGCCUCACCAUCUCGUCGCUGAACCUGCUGCGGGUGAUCUCGGAGCAGGAGGGGGUGGCGAUCGAGGAGCUCAACGCCGGGCGGGUGUGCGACUGGUUCCUCAAGGACAAGCUCAAGCGGGAGCAGAACCUCGACACCGCCGUCCUGCAGUGGGACGACCCGCCGCCCAUCUGACCCCGCCGUCUUUGGUUCGGCUAGAGCCAUCAAAAGAAAGAUGAACAGAGCGUGAAGGAUCAGUGCUAUACUGCUGUUGGGAUUCUCAUCCAGAAACAUUUACCAUGAUGCAUUCCAGGGCGUUGUGCAGUUAUUGUGAAGACAAAUUUUAGAUAAAAAGUUCUGCAAUCUGGAGGCCACCGAUGAAUACUUGAAAGUACCAGUAUGCGGGAAAGUGGCUGCUUUGGUUGAAACACAAUGCUUGUCAAUGAGACCAAACAAAUGCUGCAAUAUUUGAAAGAAGUAGGUAAGGAACUAUCUAACAAAGUAUGCA